AUGGAGCGCGGGCUGCACCUCGGCGCGGCGGCCGCGGGCGAAGACGACCUCUUCCUGCACAAGAGCCUGAGCGCCUCCACCGCCAAGCGCUUGGAGGCAGCUUUCCGCUCCACGCCCCCGGGCAUGGACCUGUCCCUGGCGCCGCCGCCUCGGGAACGCCCGGCGUCCUCCUCCUCCUCGCCCCUCGGCUGCUUCGAGCCGGCUGACCCCGAGGGGGCAGGGCUGCUGCUGCCGCCGCCUGGGGGAGGUGGCGGCGGCGGCGGCGGCGCGGGAGGCGGUGGCGGCGGCGGCAGCGGCGGCGGAGGGGUGGGUGUCCCCGGGCUGCUCGUGGGCUCAGCCGGCGUUGGGGGCGACCCGAGCCUGAGCAGUCUGACGGCGGGGGCCGCCCUGUGCCUCAAGUACGGCGAAAGCGCGAGCCGGGGCUCAGUGGCCGAGAGCAGCGGCGGCGAGCAGAGCCCCGACGACGACAGCGACGGUCGCUGCGAGCUGGUGCUGCGGGCCGGAGGCACCGACCCGCGAGCCUCCCCGGGUGCGGGAGGCGGCGGCGCCAAGGCGGCCGAGGGCUGCUCCAACGCCCACCUCCACGGCGGCGCCGGCGUCCCCCCGGGGGGCCCCGGCAGCGGCGGCGGCGGGGGUAGCAGCGGCGGCAGCGGGGGCAGCAGCAGCAGCAGCAGUAGCAAGAAAUCCAAAGAGCAGAAGGCGCUGCGGCUCAACAUCAACGCCCGGGAGCGCCGGCGGAUGCACGACCUGAACGACGCGCUGGACGAGCUGCGCGCGGUGAUCCCCUAUGCGCACAGCCCCUCGGUGCGGAAGCUCUCCAAGAUCGCCACGCUGCUUCUCGCCAAGAACUACAUCCUCAUGCAGGCGCAGGCCCUGGAGGAGAUGCGGCGCCUCGUCGCCUACCUCAAUCAGGGCCAGGCCAUCUCGGCCGCCUCCCUCCCCAGCUCGGCGGCCGCCGCCGCGGCCGCCGCUGCCCUGCACCCGGCGCUCGGCGCCUAUGAGCAGGCGGCGGGCUACCCGUUCAGCGCCGGGCUACCUCCGGCUGCCUCCUGUCCGGAGAAGUGCGCCCUGUUCAACAGCGUCUCCUCCAGCCUCUGCAAACAGUGCACGGAGAAGCCUUAAACACACCCCCGUAAAACACAGACGGACCCAAAAGCUAGA